UAGGAUGGUCAUGCAUUUUUUGAAGAAAACUAUUUUCAAAUCAAAUAACUCUACUUCACAGAUGUAUAAAAGAACUGGUAUUUUGGUCGGCCAGCUUCCAUCUAUUUAUUAGCCUCAUAAGUCCCCAAAGGAAGCAUCUCAAUGCUAUCUCAACGCCAAGGAGAACUGUAGAACCUGAAAGUAUGAAGAACCUGGACAAGAACUGCAGGAUUUGCAUGGAGUGGCAAGAGCAUUACUACUGGAACCACAUGGCCGAUGACAAGAAGCAUUUCUUCAAGCCUAUGGUCGGGGACUUCACUGAAACCAUGAGCAUACCUGCAAGAUUUGCAAAUAACUUCAACGGCCACAUCUCUGAGGUCAUCAGUCUGAAGUCCCCAAGUGGCAAGACAUGGAGCAUCGGAGUAGGCAGUGACACCGACGAAGUAGUCCUCCAGUCCGGCUGGAAGGAGUUCGUCAGCGCUCACAGCAUCGACGAAGGAGACUGCAUGCUCUUCAAGUACACCGGAGUGUCGUCCUUCGACGUCCUCGUGUUCGACUCCAGCGGCUGCGAGAAAACAUGGCCCCAUUUCACCCGCAACAGCAGCCAUGGCUACAAGAGAAUCGAGAGCUCUGCAGGCCUUGAAGAAGGACCCCGGCUUGGCUGCCGUCGAUUCAAGGGAGGCCAUGACUGCACCUGCACGCCGCAGUCGCUACCAAGCGAUGGCGACGACGACGACGACGAUGCGCAUUUGGAGCUGGCGCUUCACAGGAGUACCAGCAGGAGCAUCCCCAAACGGUGCAAGCGCAAGCUUUACCGUGACAUUGAGCAAGUUCAUGGUGAAGUAAAAGAUGAUGAUGAUGAAGAUGAUGUUGGUGAUGCGAAGACAGGGUACUACUUCUGCAAGAACGGGCCGGUCAGCGAGUACCAUCUGAAGGAGCAGGAGAAGGAGGAGAUCUCGAGCAUCCGUGUGCCUGUGGAGCCGAGGAACCCGGUGUUCGUGCAGGUGAUGCACCCGACCCAUGUCCGCAGCACCAAACCCGGCGUGGUAGGCAUUUCUGCAGAAUUCGCGGACAAGUACCUGGGAGCAACCUCAAGGGACGUCAUCCUUGAGAAAGGCGGCAGCAAGGGGAAGUGGCACGUCCGCUACAACCGCAACAGGUUCAGCCGUGGCCUCACGGGCCGCGGCUGGAGCGAGUUCGUCGCCGACAAUGGCCUCCUCGCCCACGACGUCUGCCUCUUCGAGCUCAUGGUGAUCAAUGGCAAGCUGCGGCGGCCGACGGUGACCGUGCACGUCCUGCGCAAGGUGCGCGGCGCCUUUGUCCUGCUGCCCUGAAGACCUUGCUCACGCAUCCGGCUCAUGCUUGCAGUUGCAGCCUAACUGAAGUCUCUGGAUGUGCGUUGAUGUUGUCUGUGUGUAGUUUGGUUACUGUGCUGACCUGCAACUACUUGUCAAUAAGCAGCUCCCAUCUUAUGCUCAGUAAAUUUUCGUAUGUUGCUUUGAUUUGUCAGUAACUUCUGGUGGAGUGUUUGAUCUAGAUAGAAAUUUAUUGCAUUCUACACA